CUGUUGUGUGCCUGAACGAAAGUUCACCUGGCUGCUGGCUGUUUCAUUUGACAUUAAGAUGCUAACUAAUUAGCCAAAAGAAACUGCGUCUGUGUGACAUGUAUGCUUUGACAUCUUUGAAUAAAACAGGUGUUGGCUCUGUAGCUGCAGUGAAAGUGAAGCUCUGACAGGAUUCGGGCCGCUUUUCCACCUGCUGCUGUUCUCAAUGAGGUACAGAGGAGCCCAGAUCUGUCUCCGGGCUCAUGGCUCGUGCUGUCUAUCAUGUCUCUCCCUGCCUGGCAGAAUCACUGUGGUCCGAACCUACAGUGCUCACCACCAGCCCAGCUCCCCGCCACCCACUAAGCCUACCCCUCCUGAUGGGAAGAGCGGAGCCGAGGUGGUGAAGGAACGUGCACUAACUGCCUUACAGCAUGCAGGUGAUUUGGGAAGGCAGUGGGGUCAGAGGACAGCUCAGACGGCCACUGCCUCAGUCAGCUCCUGGUGGGUGAGGUACGAGGAGUUUGUCGGGAUCAAUGAGGUCCGCGAGGCCCAGACCAAAGUCACUGAGGCUGAGGCAGCCUUUAUGGUGGCCAGAGGGAUGGUGCGUGAGGCUCAUGCCAGCCUGGAGGCCCUGCAGGUCAGACUGAAAGAGGUCAGAGAUCGGCUGGACAGAGUCUCCAGGGAGGAGGCUCAGUACCUGGAGCUGGCCACACAGGAGCACAAACUACUGCAGGAGGAGCGUCGUCUCCGGACGGCGUAUGAGAACGCAGAGGGAUCGGAGAGGGAGAAGUUCGCCUUGUUUUCAGCAGGUGUCAGAGAGAGCCACGAGAAGGAGAGGGCAAGAGCAGAACGCACCAAGAACUGGUCCAUCAUCGGCUCCGUGCUCGGAGCCCUCAUCGGAGUCAUGGGAUCAACGUACAUCAAUCGCGUCCGCCUGCAGGAAUUGAAGAGUCUGCUGUUGGAGGCCCAGAAAGGUCCAGAGAGCCUGCAGGAAGCCCUCAGAGUCCAGGCUGUAAACCAUCGCUCCCAGCAGGAUGAGCUCCGAACGAUCAUCGACAGCCUCAGGGUCACUCUGAAUGAUGCCUCCACACAGAGGGACAUUGGCCUUCAGGAUAAGAGAGCUCCGGCCCCAGCCUCACCCUUGGUGCCUCUUUCAGCCUUAAAAGACCUCCACAUCCGCAGCCAAAAGACAGAGUCACUUCUGGAGUCCCUCCAGCCCCAGCUGGGCCAACUGGAGCAAGGACUUGGUAGAGUCGAAGGUGAAUUGUCGGUGGUGAAGAGGCUGCUGGAGACCACACCUCAGGCUGAAACACAGGCUGUUCAGCCACAGUUAGCAGCACCAGAGAGACCAGAGAGACCAGAGCGAGGGGACCAGUGGGAGUCAGAGGUGGUGGUGAAUCGCCUAGAGGAGACCCAGAGGACGCUGGGAGAACGAAUCAGGACAAACACUUUUUACAACGCUGUAUUUACCUACACCGCUACUGCCAUCACCAUCUCUGCCGUCUACCUGCUAACGAGAGGAGCUGGUUAGAUGUGAUACCUCCAGUCUGAAUAUGUUCACAUGCACUGUACGUCUGUCGGUCACUGAGAGUAAUAAUAUAAAUUAAUUAUGUCAGAAAACAUUUACUUUAUUGGAAGUAACUGAGUUUCUGUAUUAAACUGGUAAUAGGUGCUGAUUUGGGCUUACCUUCCACUGCUGCUGUUCACUGCACUACUGACCGCCUCUGAAUAUUUUUAAUUCCGUGAUCUCAAGAUGAAAUGAUAACAUCACAAUUUACCUGAAAGGCGCAGAAAAACAUGGACUCUUGGGAUUCAUUCACACCGUACACUGUCAAUCGAUCAAACAUGUCAAUAAUUAAAAAAGAACAGUGCUUCAUUACCAGGCUGCUAGUGUUGCUUUGUAGGCUAACGUUAGUAACAUGUGCUCCUACCCCGCCAGCCUGCACUGAUAUGAGAGAAGCAGUUACAAGUGUAGCAACUUUGCUGCUAGACUUAAGGUACAUUUUGGGUGUCGUAUGGCAUCAUAUGGGGGAAUGCAACAUGGAAAUAUGUCAAAAUGUGGGACUAUCAUGCACAAAUUGGCAAUAACAUUUUUUCAUUAGCUAAGUAGCUAGUUAGCUACUGAGACAUCAGCAUGAUAGACCAUAAUACAUUGAAAUAUUAAACCAAGAUAAUAUGAUUGUUACUGUAAUUUUAAGAUCUCUAUCAAUGAAGGAGAAUUUAAUUGUGGGUUUCUGUUUGUGUAGUGAUUUCUCAUAACACCAGGUUUCGUCUGUACCUCUGAAAACCUCUGUUCGGAGGACCUAAAACUUCACCCUACCCCUCUAUCCCAACAAGACUCGGGACGCCCUACCUCUAGACUGAGUGUCAGGGGCAGCAGGUGUAUUGGGGUAAAGCCUUAGUAUCUGUUAUUUCAUGUCCAUUAUUGUAACUGUUUGUCCUAAAUUGUCAAACAUGAUCAUCAGGUUUCUUGUUUGAAGUGACGCUACACAUAACUGAACGACACAUUAGAGUACAGCAUAGACACUAUUUUUAAGGUCGCAUCUAUUAAAUACUUUUCAUCAUUUACUUUAUAAAAUGGCGAUCACAAUACCCCAGCCUAAAAAUCACGUCUUUAAGUUGCUUGUUUUUUCCCUCCGACAUUGCUGGAUUAUUCACAUAGGGGCUAAAAUAAGCUGUGGGCCUGUGUUGACCAUCCUGUUAGUGGUGAUUUAGUAGAAGAGUUUAUUUAUUUAACAAUAUGCAGCAUGUCAGUUUUGACACAGGGCCCUCUCGAAGAGUGAGAAUCAUGCAGGACCAACCUUAAGGCCAGUAUUGUUGUGCAUAUUCCUCUGAAGAGAACAAGCCUAAAAUAUUAAAUUGACUUCAUGAUAUAAAGAAGAAAAAAACAGUAAAUCAUCACAGUUGAAAAACUGUAACCAAACUGAUUUUGGCUUUUUUUUCUUGAUAAAUAUCUUUAAUGAAUAUCCUUUUUUUUUUUGCAUCAAUUUUCUGUCAUCAUCUUAUUGACCAAUCAUUUCAACACCUGGUAACUGAGUCUCAGAAACUUCUCCGCCGAGUAUUUCUGAGCUCCUAAUCUGGAUUGCAUUUUUCCUUAAACUGAGUCACUGAAAGAGAGCAUGAGUUAAAUACCUAAAGGGAAAAACACCAGUUUAACUAAACAUGCUUUGUUCACUCAGACACUUGAAGACGUGGAUUCAUUUGUAAGCCAAGGCAACUUUAUUUAUAUUGCGCACUUCAGCAAUAGGGCAAUUCAAAGUGCUUUACAUACAAAUUGCAAAAAAAACACCACAUUAUUAAAGGGCAUUUAGACACAAUUAAAAAUAUCAUUAAUGAGCCAAGAGAAUAGAAAAUAAAAAUAAAAUUAGGCUAAAAUAGAGAAAACAGGCAUAAAAGUUACAGUGCAGUGUGAGAAAUUAAUUUUUUGAUUUGAUAAAAGGCAGCAACAAACAGAAAAGUCCUCAACCCAAAUUUAAAAGAACUGAGAGUUGCGGCGGACCUACAGUUUUCUGGGAGCUUGUUCCAGAUAUUUGGUGCAUAAAUGUUAAACGCUGCUUCUCCAUAUUUAGUUUUGACUCCGGGGACACAAAGCUAACCUGUCCCAGACGACCUGAAAGUUCAGGAUGUUUCCUAAUGUAGCAGAAGAUCAGAAAUAUAUUUUGGCCCUAAACCAUUUAGUGCUUUAUUUAACCAACAGUAGUAUCUAAUAUCAAUUUCUAGAUGUCACAACUGCUUCUAAAUCAACACCUAUGACAGUCAAGACAUCAAAUCUUAAUUUUGACUAAGACAUAAUUUAGUGAUUAUUUAACGUAAACAUGUUGGGUUUAACUGAUGAUGGCACAAUUGUUCUGUAUAUGCGGCCAAGUUAGUCCAGUGCCAAGUGAGUUUUAAACUUGAUUCAGCCUUGUUGAACCACAGAGGGACCACGUCUUCUGUUCACAAUCUGUCCUCUGGGAUUAAUCUCCAGGCUGCUCCGAGCUAAAAAACGCAAAACUCAGACUACAGAUGCUGGAUGAUGGAGUUGCGCUUGAUUUCUGUUGCCCAAGAUGUAAAGGGAACCCAUCAUAUGUGAAUUUAAGUCAUUUUACAGGACAUGAAAUUGUGCACAAGAUCAGUACAAACACCUAAAGGAGCAAUAAUGAGAAAAAGGAUUGUGAGUUUUAAUUUAUGUAAGAAAACACUGUCAGGUGAACUGACAAAAACGUCCCUUACAAAGCUCUGAAAUGGCCUUUAAGCACUGCAGUCCUCACUGUCCUUUGGAUAAAAACUAGAAUAAGUAAAGUCCACUCACUACAUGUGAACAUGUAGAAAAAUAUUAGUAAAGUUUUGCAGACUCUGUCUGCUGCAGUGUUUAACCUCCUCCAGUACUUGAACUUGUUGUUGUGUGUUUUCAUGCUGAUGCUCGUCAUGUUGUUGACAGAGCUGAACGAUGAUCACUGUGUAAUAAACUGUCUGUUCUGCUGACUGUUGUAUAAUAAGCGACUAAUAAAGUCACUGU